UCGCGCGCCAGCCAAUCGGAGACGCCUUUAGAAGUAAAGACGCAGUGUUAUUUUGCAUAAUCUGUACGCAUAUCAUAAUCCACGAAAUUAGUAUAGGUAACAAUCCAGGUAUGUACAAACGUGUACCCAGCUAUGUACAUAGAACAACAUACCACAACAACUAAUACAUGUAAAUUGCAGCCUGGCGAUAACCGAGGAGCUGUCAGUUCGAAACGUAAACAGCUAUACAAAAUGGAUAAUAAAAUGUUGAGACCACUUGAAAAAGCUCGAAGUAAAAGACUUGCGUCAACUUUCGCAUACAUUAAUUCUGGUGUCAAAUUCCAUGCCAGCUCUACCCGACUCGAGGGAUAGAGAGUAACGCUGGUUCAUCAUGUCACCAUGUCAAUCAAUAAUACCGAGGCCAUUUUAUAUCUAAAGUCAAAGGUGUCGUUUUAUCGCACGGAAUGCAAUCGGGUUGGCGCGCUCUAGGCGCCUAUAUAAGCGUGCACUGCCACUAAACAUCAUACACUCUUUUCAUGUACCUUGUCUGUUCUCGUAUAGUGUAUAAACAUCACUUGGUCUUCAGGUUGGUUUUUAUGCGUCUUUUGGGGAGCCAAAAUCGGACCAAAUCUUUCCCAAGGUUUCGACAGUGGAAACAUGUCUCUUCUUAAUAACAUGUUGUGGUAUCUAGACCUGCGCACAGUGUUGCUGUGCGUGGUUGUCCUUCUGGUUCUUCGCUGGUUUUUGGGGCGACCUAAGAACCUCCCACCUGGCCCCUGGGGAUUCCCACUCAUCGGUUCCGUUCCGGCCAUUAUUCGUGAGGUACGACGAGGCGUGGAACCCCACGAUCUCUUCAUGAGGUAUGCUGCCAAGUUCGGACCCGUGUUUCGUCUGCAGAUCCUCAACAAGACUGUGGUAGUCCUCAAUGACUACACCUCCGUGAAGGAAGCUUUUCAACAUCCUCAGCUGAACGACAGACCUAAACUGCUUUUCACCAAGCUCUUCAGAAGUGAAGGCGUAGGAAUGGCAUCUGGUGAAAAAUGGAUUGAGCUUCGUCGCUUCUGCCUGACCGUCCUCAGGAGCUUCGGAGUGGGCAAAACGAGCUUCGAGGAGAAGAUCGGCACUGAAGCUGAGGAACUGAUGAAGGAGAUGUCUGCUUUCAACGGGAAGCCCUUUGACCCCAAACCGCUGCUCAGCAACGCAGUAUCCAACGUCAUCUGCUCUGUCAUUUUCGGGAAGCGCUAUGAAUACGCAGACGGAGAGUUCAAGAAUCUUCUGUCUAUGUUGGGCGAAAAUGUCAAGUUGUUUGGAUCUGGCGGUGCAAUGCUUUUCUUCCCAGCCCUCCGCUAUCUGCCAUUCAUGUCGACUGACAAGUUGGAAUCCAAUAUGGAGGCCAUACGGCUAUUCCUAACACGUAUAAUCGACAAUCACCGUGCCAUCUUCGAUCUUGACAAUUUGGACGAUUUCAUUGAUGCAUACCUAAUGGAACUUAAGGCCGGUGCCAAACAUGUUCAUCUUACCGAGCACUCUUUUACUGGAACCGUAGGAAAUUUGUUCGGGGCUGGUACUGAGACCACAGGCACUACGCUCCAGUGGGCCCUCCUGUACAUGGCUGUCUACCCCGAGAUCCAACAGCGAGUCCAGGCCGAGAUCGACGCCGUGGUCGGUCGCAACCGGCUGCCCAGGAUGGCCGACAAACCAGAACUGAACUUCACCCGAGCGGUCAUUUGGGAGGUUCAACGCAUGACAAUUAUCGCUCCUUUAGGUGUGGCGCAUGCUGCUGCCUCAGACACCCAGUUCCAUGGUUUCGUGAUUCCUAAAGGUGCCUUGCUUGUCCCAAAUCUCUGGGCGGUGGCCCAUGACCCCAAAGUAUGGUCCGAUCCCAAUAAGUUCCAACCCGAGAGAUUCCUUAACGACAAGGGAGAGGCAGUUCAGGCUGAGGAGUUGAUACCGUUUAGCGUUGGUCGUCGGAGCUGCAUCGGUGAGCACCUGGCUAAGAUGGAGUUGUUUAUCUUCUUCAGCUUCUUCCUGCAUCAGUUCACAUUCAAGAAACCAGACGACUCACCUCCACUUACUUUGAAGGGAAGAGGUGGUUUCACCAACUCACCAAGGGUGUUUAACAUCUGUGCAGCCAAGCGUGAUUGAACAGUUAAUCAGAUGGUUGACUUUAAUUUGAAGAUAUUCGCGCGUAUUCUGUAGAAAGACCAUGACCUAAAAUUACUCCCAAAAAUGAGAGCUUGUAACAUUUCAAAUAAAAUGGUAUAGGGAUAAAAUCUCUCAUAACUGAUUGAGCCCGACUCAGUUACAUCGUUAAUACCGCGCCGUUUGCAAAGUUUCAGUUUUGUGCAGUGAUGUGGAAGCCAGGAUAUUGAUGACAGUAAAUCUAAGUUAAUCAUCAUUUUUUUUGUUUUAUAAUAUUUUUCUCAUAGAUAUAUGUGAAUGCCUAGUAUAGCUGGUGGAGCAGAGUCCAAUAAACUGACAUCUUAAUAUUUCAUUUGAGACUACUUUGCAUGAACCGCCAAGGUGCGCCCAUCAUGAAGCAACAACGUAACAUUCAUUUUAUUGUCUGCUUUUAGAGUAAAAACUGCACUGUAAACAUUUCACGAAAUGGAGUUCCAUUGUCACGUGCUCAAUGGAAGGUAGUGCCGGUGAAGCGUGAAUAUCCGACUCCAUGAAAUAUGGACUCGUUGGUAGUACUGCGCACUAGUUGAUAAGGCCAAAAAAAAAAG